AUGUCAACGUGGAAAACAAGACUGAGCCGAGAACUGAAAUCCCCAGCUCCAAGAAUGCAUCCGUUUCCUUGCUCGGCACUCCUCACCUGCUUUGGGAACACAAGAGAUAAUGUACCCUUUGAUCAAUCCAGUCCGGCCGAUGCUCAUUCCACCAUCUACGUCCAGCCUUUGGCCAAAGCUAGUGGACAUGAAAGUCACCCGGGAGGACCAGAGGAAAUCCUAGAGGAAAAGCUGAGUUCCUGUACUCACUCAGAGAAAAAUGGCAGUACAGCUAACCAUGAUGUUGCCCAGCCUGCUCCGGUACCAGAGGAACUGCCUGUAUUCCCAGCUGAUGAGCCAGACUGUAAUUCAGUUAUGCUCCACACUUCCAUCCCCAGACCAUCCAUCAUUGAAAUGCCAAAGGAAGAAGAGGAGGUACAAGGAGAGCCUCAAUGUCUCGUGGAGGAACAUAAGAUUACAACAGAUAAUAUAAUUGAGGAUCCUGAACUAAAAGAUUCCAUUCUUAUUCCAAAAAGUAUCAUGGCUGAACCUGACUACAUAGAAGAUGACAAUCCUGAAUUAAUCAAGCCUCAGAAAUUAAUCAAUCCUGUCAAAAUUUCCAGGAAUCAUCAAGAUCUUCACAGAGAACUUCUGAUGAAUCAGAAAAGGGGACUCGCACCUCAGAAUAAACCAGAGCUGCAGAGAGUGAUGGAGAAAAGAAAACGAGACCAAGUGAUAAAGCAACAGAAGGAAGAGGAAGCCCAAAAAAAGAAAUCUGAUUUGGAGAUAGAACUACUGAAACGGCAACAAAAGUUAGAGCAGCUUGAGCUUGAGAAACAGAAGAUUCAAGAGGAACAGGAAAAUGCCCCAGAGUUUGUGAAGGUGAAGGGAAACCUGAGAAGAACAGGCCAAGAAGUGGCAGAAGUCCAGGACUCUUAGGCAUACACUGUGCAAAUACUCGCUGGAUGCUAGCCCCAUGCUGCAGAGACAACGUUCCUGUGGGAUCACCUCCAGUGCUGCUUCCUCUUGAGCCAAUAGUAGCAUGGAGAGACAUUUGUUUUUGAGAAAAUGCCAGCCAGCAGAAGUUUUCAUUUUUAAAAGGGGUUAUGUCAUUUAUCAUUUUCUCUUUGAAUCUGGGGGGGAUGUUGACUGAUAGCUGCAGUUCAGAUUCGCCAAAAGAAAUAUGUUGACCAGCAGAUAAGCAGCUUAUUGUUGGUAUAACAGACUUGUCUUCAGAGACUCAAAGGAAAGGAUGAGGACACUGGAGUAUGUUAAAUGUUGCACUACUUGGUUUCUUCCAACCUAACUGUAGUGGGGACAUAGUAUUUUUAUUUUUUCUUCCUUGAAAAAAAAUAUUAUUUUUC